GUUAUUUUGUUACUUUGUGUUGGGAAGAAAAGUAGCGGAUCAGUUAAGGGACGUUUAGCAGCGAUUUGAGAUUCGGCCAUUCUAUCCCAUCGCGAUAUCACACGGGAUCGCAUCCUUCCCCGCUAUUUCGUCAAUGAUGGAGAAUACAUAUUUUUUUUAGAUGUAGAGAAAUAAAUACAAACCACACGCAUAUUUCUUGUGCUUAACGGAUUUCAUUGUUUUUAUUCACAAAUAAGUAGGUACACAUUAAGCACGUCACAUACGGUUUGCGAUGGUUCACGAAACUACGUGGGUUUUCACCUCCUUCAAAACAUUCGACUUAGAGAAAAAACAUGAAAUAGAAUACAUCGGGGGUACCCGCCCCCUCCCCAUCCAAUGACGUCAGAGCCAUUCCCACAAUGCCUAGUAACACGCAGGCGCACUGUAAAAGAAAAAAAAAAAAGAAAAAGAAAGAAAAUAAGACAGCUAUCGGUGAUCAGAGAUGGCGGGCGCCUCCGACCCCCUGGAAGAUAUGCUCUUUUCAGAGGUGGAUGAAAAAGCCGUGAGCGACCUGGUGGGCUCGUUGGAGUCGCAGCUCUCCGGCCAAAGCAACCCCGCGAGCAAAACGGACGAAAACGGAGGCGCUGGCUCCGUGGCCCCCGCGAACCAUCUCUCAGGCAAAACGCUACCAGCUCCGCUGGGCACCACAACACUGGACCAACAACAACAACAACAACCGCGGCGGCGUAACAAACCCGAGAUGCGCCAGGAGGUCAACUCCAACGACGUCGGUGCGGAUGCGACUGUCACACCUCCUGUCCGGGGCUGCUGCGCGCCUCCCGGCGAGCCCGCCGCCGCUCCGGCUCCCGUGUGCGCGAACGCAGCGGGCGGCGGCGCGUCGCGAUCACAUGGAGCAUCCAUCACAACACCGACCGCUGCCGGCGUGCCGACGCCGGCGUCUCCGCCCGCCAGCGUCGGCAUCAGCAUGAGCACCGCGGCCGGCCGCGGCUCGAAGGUCGCUGCCCCGGGCACAGCAGGCGAGACGUCGACGGAGGCGAACCCGGCCAGGAAACGCAUCGCCGCGCCACGGAGGAGCGCCUCGUCCCGGGCGAGGAGCUUCAACGGCGCGGCGGUGACGACGAGGAGGAACAGCAGCAGCAGCAGCAGCAGCGUAGCGGUGGCCGACGGCGCCGGCUCUGUGGAUCCCAGUGCCGCUGCGACGAACUCUUCUCGGCCGGUGACAUCCUCCAUCAACACGUCCACUUUCACCGUGUCCAACGCCAGCCUGCCCGUGGGUCAGUCGGCUAUUGCCCUGGACCGGGGGACUCCCACCAUCGCCCUGCACAGACUCCCGAGUCACAUCGUGGCCAGUAUAGCCCAGAACGGCAACGGGACCAGCGUUUCGGCCCUGGUCCAGCAGGGCGCUGGCGCGGCACCCGGCGCCUCCUCUCCGGCGCCGCUGGAGAACCACAGCAAGGCGGGCGCGGACCCCGGGGCUUCCAGAACAGACGAGUGUCAGUCCAAAAUUGCAAUGUCGAGUCAGUCUGUCGGUGUGAACUCUGUCGUGACCACUGUUCCCCCUGCACCUUCUGUGGCCACGCCGACAACGACCACGGCAGCAGGAGCCACGACCACCACAACAGUGACCCGGCCUCUGAGCUCUGCCACGGCCACUGCGUGUGGCACAGUGCUGGCGACCAGUCCUGCAUGUGGCACAGUGCUGGCGACCAGUCCUGCAUGUGGCACAGUGCUGGCGACCAGUCCUGCAUGUGGCACAGUGCUGGCGACCAGUCCUGCAUGUGGCACAGUGCUGGCGACCAGUCCUGCAUGUGGCACAGGGCUGGCGACCAGUCCAGCGUGUGGCCCUGGUCAGACCACAUCGGUGACCAGCACUGUGAGCACGGUCAGGCCCUCGGCUCCCUCGCCAUCACCUGCGGGGGCCACAUCUCAGCCCCGUCCCGGACUCCCGGCACCUCAGAGGGUCGUAGCCCCCCAGCUGAUUGUCAGACCGCCUCAGCAGCAGACGACCAUUCAGCUGCCCCCUGGGUUCACCAUCCCACCGGGAAUGGUGCUUGUGCGUACGGAGCUCGGCCAGCUGGUGAUGGUCCCUCAGCAGGCUUUGGCUCAAGCUCAGGCCCAAGCUCAGGCCCAGGCGCAGAACAACAUCUCCCCUCGACCCGCUACCCCCACCACGGGAACAUCCUUCAGAGUAACAACUCCACAGUCGGCUGUGACCUCUCAGGCCAACAGGCAGUGUCCUUUGACUCCAGCCAAGAUGGCCCCAUCUCCCGCUCCCACUCCUUCCAGCCCUGCCCUCCAGACCUCCUCCUCUUCCUCUUCUUCCUCUUCCUGUCCGGCGCUCCGCCCAAAGGUCCCCGUGGCGCCAGCCAUUGCUGUGACGGCUCCGCAGAAGACCCCCGCAGUGAUGGCGCCCCAGGCCCCGGCCCAGGCCGCCUCCCAGCCAGUGCAGCCUCCGCAGACGGGCGUCGCAGCGCCCCCCGGAGCUUCUAUCGUGUCCCAGGAGAUGCAAGAAAAUGUGAAGAAGUGUAAGAAUUUCCUGGCCACACUAAUCAAGCUGGCGUCUCACAACUCUCCGUCCCCCGAGACCUCCAAGAACGUGAAGUCUCUGGUUCAGGACCUGCUGGAUGCUAAGAUUGAGCCGGAGGAGUUCACCAGCCGGCUGCAGGCUGAGCUCAAGUCGUCGCCGCAGCCUUACCUGGUGCCCUUUCUCAAGAAGAGCCUGCCGGCCUUGAGGCUGUCUUUGCUGAAUAGUCAACAGUCCCUGACCCACCCCCCGCAGCCGGGAGUCAAACCGGCACCCGGCGGCAUCCCUCCUGCCAUUGUGACUGGGCCAGCUGUCCGCAUACGCCAUCCUAAUAGCGUCAGCACCACUACGGGUGCCAGCGCGCUGCCCGGCGGGACGCUCGGACAUGCAGCUGCCAUGGGCGUGAAGACAGCGGGCGCUGUCGGUGGCCAGGUGCGGAUGCCCGUGGUGAUCACACAGUCUGUCAGAGCACAAGGCACAAUGGGGAAGGGAGGCAUCAUCCAGGCAGGCAAAAGUCCCAUGGGCUGCGCUGCUCAGAUCUCUGGGAAUCAGAAAAACAAGCUCAACGACCCCGGAGGAGGCUCUUUCAGGGAUGAUGAUGACAUCAAUGACGUGGCGUCCAUGGCCGGGGUGAACCUGAACGAGGAGAGCGCAAGAAUACUCGCCACCAACUCGGAGCUCGUGGGAACGCACAUCCGGUCGUGUAAAGACGAGGCCUUUCUCCACCCGGGACUGCUGCACCGACGAAUUCUGGAAACCGCUAAGAAGUAUGGAGUCUCAGAGGUCCCCAUGGAGGCCGUGAACUUCAUCUCACACGCUACACAGGCACGACUUCGCACUGUGGUAGAAAAAGUUUCUACUAUCGCACAGCAUCGACUGGACUCUUGUAAGGAUGAUGAGUGCUACGAGCAGUCUGCAGACGUUCGCUCUCAGCUCCGCUUCUUCGAGCAGCUGGAGAGAAUGGAGAAGCAGAGGAAGGACGAGCAGGAAAGAGAGAUCCUGUUGAAAGCCGCUAAAAGUCGCUCCAGGCAAGAGGACCCAGAGCAAGCGCGACUGAAACAGAAAGCUAAGGAGAUGCAACAACAGGAACUGGCACAGAUGAGGCAGCGAGAUGCCAACCUCACAGCACUAGCUGCCAUUGGACCCCGCAAAAAACGUAAGGUGGAUUCACCAGGGGCCACCCCAUCAGGGACCGAGGUUUCAGGCAGCACGGCGGGUUCCCCGGCCAGCUCCACCGCCCCGUCCACCUCGUCGCGCCAGUACGCGCGGCAACGCAUCACUCGCGUCAACCUCAGGGACUUAAUCUUCUACAUGGAGCAGGAGAGAGAGACCGCCCACUCCCUCCUCCUGUACCGUGCCCUGCUCAAGUAGCCUCUGCUCCGCUCAGCGCCCACCUCAACCUCCUCCUCCCUCCCCGCCACGUGCCUUCAGAUCAGGUCUAAUGUUUCAGCUCUGUCUCCAUAUGUACUGUAGUGAUGUUUGAUGUAGCUUUUAAUAGGAAAGAAAGAGAGAGAGGAAGAAAGAGAGAGAGAGGAAAAGAACCUAUAAAAACAAAACUGUUGUUCCGUGUCCUUUUCUGUGCCGCCUCGCGGUGCGUAGAUCGUUCAGUUUAUAAAGGCCAAAUCAAAAUCCUUUGCGUUGAAGUUGGAUAUGUUCCAGGAACAAUGUUUUGGCGUCGCAGGACCAGACCCAGAAUUUGUUCCUCGUAUGUUGGGUAGCUAUUUAUUUGACGUCACUGGCAGUAGCCUCAAUGGUCCGCCUCAAAGGAAGGAUCUUUCUUUUUUUUUUUUGAAUUACGCUAUGUUCACACCUCGAUACAGCCUACGAUAUUUUCCACGAGUUAUUUGUUGAACAUGCGUGAGUUCAAUCACUGUAGUUCAGUGACAAAUGAGCCUUUCCAGAGUCCGAGAUUCCAAAUAACAGCAUUGCGAUCAAGUUCCUUGCAUGUCAAUAGUUCUUUUUGGAAUUAUUUUACGGCAUGUAUAAUUUUAACACAUGUAAGCUUUGCGAGAAAAAGGGAUAACCCAUGUGUCAAUGUUGUAAAAAAAUCUGAUGCUUUGUAAAACCAUGUGCUUUGAAUGAGUCAAAUUGAGAAAGUUCAUUCAGUUCAGCCGUAGUGUAUCUGCUAUGGGACGGGGAGCCGCUGACCCUUACGCAAAGGUCAUUGAACAAAAGCUACACUCUGCACUAUGACCGAGUGAGUCUGCAUUUAGUUUUUUCGUUUGUCUACUCACAAUGUGAACAUUGUCUCGGUGACUAGAUGUUUGUAAGACGUGUCCCGUCAUGUCAACUCCUUUGACGCAACCGAUUGAGAAGGUUUGUUUUGGUUGAGGGAGGUUGAUAUUAUAGGCGUGAUAGUGAAAAAAAGGAAACAUUCCUAUAUCUUUGCCUCUCACUGUUCUGUACGCACAUUAACCAUGAAAAAAAAAAAUUGGAUUCCAGUCAUUCUCCCCUGGAGGACUGUUGGACUCCCUCCUACUUUGGUAUUGACCGAAUGUCAAUAAAAUAUAUGUAUUUUGAUGCAAGGUGAAACAUCACAGCUGUAAAGUCAUUUGUAACCGUGGAAAGAUGCAGUGGUAUGAUUCCACUCUGAAACGGAUUUAUAUGUUUUUCCCAUUUGCUCCUCUCUUUGUGUCACUGAUUGACGAGAGGAAGAGAACUAAACGCCUGCGUGUUGUUACCUGUCGUCUUGCAUUGUGACCUUGGUCUUUUUCUUUUUAACAAUCCUUAUUGUGCUACGUAAUAUGUCCAUUGUUUUUUCUAUUUAGCCAAAUACCUUGGCCUCUAUGCAGCUUCUUUUUUUUUUUUGUCAAAUUAAAAUUUAUUUAAAUACGGUUGACAUUGGAAACAAUUGUUGUGCAUUGUACAUUUUGACAGCACUUUUUUUAAUAUCUAUUUUACCGGACAACUGAAAGGUGUCACUGUAUUAUAGCAAACGAAUGACUGAUAAGUAAAAACAGUAUUGCCAGUUUCUGUCAAAAGACACUUAUUUUUAACGAUUAAUAUAUUGAUAUAUGGUUUUAUUUUUUUGCUUCUUUUAUUUGAGAUUGGCUUUUAUCCUGAACUCAUUUUCAUAAAAUCUAUCUCCAAAAUACCACGUUUUAAAAACAAGCACAACAGUGACUAUUGUCGUGAUCUGAAAUGAUUUUAAUAACGGUUUGUAUGGUUUCUUGUGGUUUCACAGGAGGACAUUUCUACUUCUACUACUACUACAGCUUUUUAGCCAAAAUAUUAGGACAAUAUUACUUAUGUUAUUAAAUGAAGGAAAUAACAUUUCAUUAUGAAGAGGAUUUGUAAAUAUUGUUUACAAAACUGUGUUUAUUAGAACCACGUUAUUUUUGGUAAACUCUUGUACAUACCUGGAAGAUUUCCUGUUUGUGUGAAAAAAUCAUUACUUAUGUAUUUGUACCUAUUUUGUAAGGGAAUAAAUGAGCUGUUUACUAAACUGA